CUUAAGACAAUUAAUAAUCUGCAGAAAUGUCCCGAUUAAUCGGAAUAUUCACCCUCUUCUUGGCCGUCAUCGCCUCAACAAUCCUGGCCAACGAGCUCGAAAAGCAUUGCAGCAAAAUUUCGUGCCGGAUUUACACCGACAAGUACUGCACCAAACCGCUGAAAACUGGCUCCUACUGCUGGUGCCAAAGCUUGCAGCGCUCGAUAGUAAAACGGCUGAUGACCUGCCCGGCGGGCCAGGUAUUCAAUGGGAACUCGGAAAAAUGCGAAAAGGAUAGUCCAGGGGCGAGGUCCUUCUGUGAAACUUGUGGCGACAAGUGCAAAUUUUACUGAGGUUUUUCGUUUAAAAAGAAAAUAAUCAAUAAAAUUGUUUUUUAUUUUAUAUUUGUUACCGUAACGCUUACUGAGGGCAUAUCAGAACCCAGAGGCGACGCGUGGCCAAAAUGUUGACCUGUUCAAAAAAUCUGUUUAGCAAUUUUUAUGUUUUUAGCUCAAUUUUAUUAUACAUAAUAAAGAGAAAUUAGAAGAUGUUA